CACACUCAAGAACUACCUGCUUUCACUUUGUACUGCCGCUACUACUAGUACUAUUACUGCUGCGAAUACUCAUUUGGAGGUAAUUGUAGGUACUCUGAAGCACUAGAGCCAUGUGGAAAGGUCUGCUCCUGCUCCAGUCUUGCUGCUGGCUCCUGGGACACUCUGCACAACAAGGCCCUCUAGGCUUCGCGGUGUUUGCAGACUGGGGCGGCCUCCCGUUCCCCCCAUACCACACUCUGCAGCAGGCCGCUGUGGCUGAAGAGCUGAGCAGACUGAGCCAGGAGCCAGGCCUGGACUUCAUCCUGAGCCUGGGGGACCACUUCUACUUCGAUGGAGUCAAGGAUGUACAGGACCCCCGCUUUAAGCAAACCUUUGAGCGAGUGUUCCAUCAGCCCUCUCUGCAGGACGUGCCCUGGUACCUGGUGUCUGGAAACCACGAUCACAGAGGCAACGUGUCUGCACAGAUCCAAUACUCCAAUGUCUCACAGAGAUGGAGGUACCCAAGCCUGUACUACUCUCUGGUCUACCCCGUGCCUGGCUCUAACAUGACCCUCACCGUCCUGAUGAUUGACACAGUGGUGCUCUGUGGAAAUACAUGGGACCAGGACCAGCCCCAGGGACCAGACGACCCCCGAGAGGCCCAGAGGCAGUGGGACUGGAUCCAGAGCAGCCUACAGAAUACACAGUCGGAGUACGUGCUGGUGGCUGGACACUACCCGGUCUGGUCCAUCGGGCACCAUGGCCCCACCCCCUGCCUGAGGGACAGACUCAGACCUCUGCUCAAGAAGUACAGGGUCAGUGCUUAUCUGAGCGGCCAUGACCACAACCUGCAGUUCAUUCGUGAGGAGGACGGCACAGCGUACGUGGUCAGUGGCAGUGGCAUGAUCUCUGAUGUAGACACUGCCCACAGGAGCAGUGUGCCCCAGGCCUGGCAGCUCUUCUCCAGCCCUGUCAAUCAUACUGUAGGGGGUGUGGCCUACUUCCAGCUCAGCCCAGAUAACAUGAUGGUCAGCUUCAUGCAGACAGGCGGAAAGUGUGUGUACCAGGCCCAGCUGCCCUCGCGCCAUUGGGAAUGGAACCAGCAACCCAAGAAUAGAAAUUAACUCAGGGAAAUGUGUGGAUGCUGCUAUAGGCUGUUCAUGUCUUUUAAGGGCCUAUAUUACGCUAUUUUCUGAUCUAUGCUAUAAUGUUGUUGUCUCAUCAAAAACAUACUUGAAGUUUUGUUUUGUUUCAUUCACACAUGUUUAAUACGCAUAAUCGAGGACCUUUUAAGGUUCACUAUGUAACAUUUCUGGUGUAGUGUUCGCCACCAUAGAGAUGUAUUUGCUUUGCCUGUAAUGUUCAACAGAAGGGCAUUAAAGACUUUUGCUGUCUGAAAAUGUGAUCAUUUUAAAUGGUUUGUAGUGGUCCAAAGUUAUUCCGUACUUAUCUUAUGCAUUCAGAGCAUUAUAAUUAUUCAAGUGUUCAUGUUGCUCAAGAAUACAUCGUUCUUAUUGGGAGCGGGCGCAUCUCUCCACAGAUCUGAAAUGUAACUUGGUCUAGUGACAUCACUUUAUUGUCUUCUUGAUAGAUACUGUUAAUGCCAUACUGUUGAACAUACCAGGCAAACCAAUAACAUUUCCAUGGAGACAAGCAGUUGGCAGAUGCUCCAUCAGAAAAGCAGUGCAGCUUUUAUAUCUGGGCAUAAAUAUUUGUUGCACUUUUGAAAAAUGUCUACUCUGUCUAGUGCAGAGGUGGGUAGUACAUUUACUUGAGGAAUUUGUUAAGGAAAUUGUACUUUUUAGCUGCAUAUUUUUACUCCUACUUGAGUAAUAUUUUUAUUAAAGUAACAGUACUUUUACUUGAGUAAAAGUUGUGGUUACUCUUUAAAUAAGUCUACAAGUGACAAAAGCUUUAUGUUGACAAUAUGAAAUGAUUUGAACAUUUGUGCUUCUUGCAGCGCUCCUUCAGAUAUGAUUUAGUUUGUUUCCUUUUUGUGCCAAUCCUUUGAAAAUACCAGAUUUUGUGCGUUAUUUAAUGUUUUGUCCUUCAAAUUACAUUACACUUAUAAAUCAGAUUUUACAUUCCAGUUACUCUUUAAGUUACUCUUACUUGAGUAGUAGUUUUCCCAAAUACUUUUUUUUUUUACUCUUAUUUGAGCUAUUUCUUGAACCACUACUUAGUAGUAUUAUUUUGAUGUAAUUUCUCUCUCCUUUAGUAUAAUUUUUGGCUGCUCAACCCACCUCUGGUCUAGUGUGUAUAUUAUAUGACUACAGUUUUGUAAUUUGCAAUGUGAUAAAAUGAAUUAAUAAUAGAUCUACAGCACUGUUCACUCUAACUACUGCAAUGUUCUUAAGGCUGAUUUUCAUAUGGACAUUAAAGCUUAAAUGGUUUCUUGAUAUGAAAAGCUUUAACCCUAAUAUUAAAACACUGUAUAGAAAAUGAACUCGUAUAAAUAUCACUUUAAUAAACCUUGUGGG